AUGAUUGUGGUUUCAGUCCAGUGGCUCACUGCUUGUCGGCCCGUCUCAGCUCAUCACACAAGGACGACAUUGAAAACGGCCAACACCGCCAACUCUUUGAUCAUCGCCAGCCUGUUGUUCUUGUUCUCCUUCUCGUCGACGAUGUGCAGUUCACAGCCAUCGAGCGCUUCGUCUGGUGACGUUCGCCAUGUCUCGUCAUCAGUCAAUCUGUCCAGUGUUUCCACGCAUCGUCGUAGUCAAGUGCCGGUGUUGUUCAGCCAUCGUUCGUCCCCCACUCUUGCCGCUAAUGAAACGAACUGGAAGAGAACGGGUGGCAGGGCGCAAAGUCAUUGCCCGUCUUGCCGAUUGCCAGCCACCAUCCAACAAAAAGAAGAGGACCAACUGGAAGGCGAACGAGCAGCAGACGCCAAGACGGUCGUUUCGCUGGCCCAGCAGCAGUCGAUGGCUGGCGAUUUGGCUCGUUUGGAGUCGAUCAAACGGCAAAUUCUCAUCAAAUUGGGUCUCAAUUCCAAACCGAAUUUAUCUUCGUCUGUUAUCCCGCCGAGGGACUUCAUUUUGGAGACGCUCUUGCGGGCCGAAGAGUCGUCUGUUGUGACCCGUGCUCCUCACCGUCCCUCGUCUUCGUCUUCCACUAGCAACAACAAUAGGCAGCGUCAUCAUUUGCAUCAUUCGCAAGCCGAUGCUGCCAGCGUGGACAACGUCAUCGUCGAUGACGAUUUCUACGGCAAGACGUCAGAAAUCAUCGCUUUCGGCGAACCAGGUCCGAGACUUAACGGCCAGGUGUUGGCCGAAUUUUCCCGAGUCCAGGAAACGGCCCCCGAGCCAAGUCUGCGAGUGAAAUCGGCCACUUUAUGGCUGCACGUCCAAAUGAAUGGCACCAGUUUAACAUCAUCGUCGUCGCACAUGCCGAAAAGUGCGAACCAGCGUCACCAGCCAGGCCACCAACAGCAACGGACCAGUAGGUCACCGACGCUCUACGUCUUCAGGCUUCUUCCGUCAGAUGUUCGCGGGUCUCUAGCCAACGCCACAAACAAGGAUUGGAACGAAUUGUUAUUGGCUUCGCAAAAGGUGACCAUCCAACACAGCGGAUGGAUGAAAAUCAACAUCACCGAGGGCGUCCAGCAAUGGUUUAGCACUUCGUCACCAUCGUCCGUCAACAGCAACAACAACAACAACAAAUUGCGUUUGCUGAUCGACUGUUCCGGUUGCGGUUCCACCGUCCAGCCCGUUCUGUUCACCCAACGGCCAUCGGUUGCGCCUGUCCGGCCGGAGGACAACACUCGCCAACAGGAGACGGUCAACAACAACAACAACAGCAACAACAGCAACAAGAAGAAGAAGAAGAAGAAGAAACGCAAGAAGCGCAGGAGGCGACUUGUGCUGGACAAGGAAGAAGAAGAAAAAGAAGAAGAAGAGCGGGAAGAAGAAGAGGAAGGCAGAAUCCGGCAACAACUGGAAGACGAGGGCAAAAAGGCGGAACAACUUCGGCCGUUCAUCGUCAUCCACACCGAUUCGAGCAGUUCGCGUCGACUGAGGCGACGCACUCCGCUGGAUUGUGGACCGACGACGUCAGCCUGUUGCAAGCAAAGAUUCUUCGUCAGUUUCAGGGCACUCGGAUGGGACGAUUGGAUCAUUGCACCUAGCGGAUACUACGCCAACUAUUGCCGAGGCGAUUGCGGCAGUGGGGCAGCCGGAAGAGCGCCCGAAUCGUUCCUCAGUUACCAUUCGCACGUUCUUGACCAAGUGCGCAAGCAAUUGCCAGCACUGGCCAUCAGUCCAUCAAAGACUAAGAAGAAAAAGAAAAUGCAGGCGUCUGAACAGCAACGACAGCAGCGAUUGUUUGCCAACUAUUUGCAACCUUGCUGCGCACCUACCAAAUUUUCCAGCAUGUCGCUUAUUUAUUUCGGCCCCGACAUGAAUAUUAUCAAAAGAGACUUGCCUAAAAUGGUGGUCGAUGAAUGCGGCUGCCCUUGAUCCGCCAUCCGAGUAGAAUUGAGGGGGAGUAAGGAGUUCUAUGUAAUUUCUACUGCAUUGGUUGGCCGUCGGAUUCAACUGAUCACUCGAGGCUUUUCUUUUUUUUUAUUGUUUUUCAAUUUCAUUGGCAGAUUGGUCUUUUCUUUGAUUACGAUCGCCGUUUGUUUUUGCGUUUGAUUGAUACCAACAGCAUAUAUUUAUUAUCGAUUAGGUUGUGUUUUAGCGUAGAAUUCGAGCAACACUGCCGUUGAUUGAUUGUGCGCCUAUAACCAUCCCGCCUGCUGACCAGUGGUUUCAUUUUUCGACCGUGCUCCAUUAUUCGAUUCCAAACGAUACUUAACUUGCAUUCCUUAUUGUUGCAUUAGUUUUGUACAGCCUCUACAAAAGUAAUCUUGCGUCUUGUCAUACCGAUAGAAUUGAUUUGUGAAUGAUGUACGAUGCAUUUGUUGCUGAGCCUCUGCCGACUGUUUGAUUCCAUUUCAUUUGGCUGUCAAUGUCUUUUCUUUCCUUUUACACAUUAUAGACCGCCAUUUUUGUUUGUUUUUUCUUCUUUUUAAUAAAACUUAAUUGUAUUAAUUAAAGGGCUUUUUUGAGCUUUGUAUAGGUGCCAAAAUAUCGUUAAUCAAUGAAAAAGAUAAAAGCAAUGAGCUAUUAGAGUUCGAUUCCACUUUUUGACUUGUCCUUACCGUGUACUAUUACCAAUCGUGGUUUUAUUAUCAAUAUAUCCAUGUUUUUGGCUGCUGAUUCAUUACUGCAUCUCCUUUAUUCUUGUUCACUUUACUGUUCCAUUAUAUUGCAAAUGUCUUUCAUUUACUCUGCAAUAGAAAUAAAACGAAAUUUUGGCCUGUUUAA